AUGACAACAACAACUUUUUUUUUAUUUUUAAUACCCGUAUUAGGUAUAAUAUUAUUAUUAGUUAAUUUAAUACUAUCACCUCAUAAUCCAUAUCAAGAAAAAGAUAGUGCCUUUGAAUGUGGUUUUCAUUCUUUUUUAGGUCAAAAUAGAACACAAUUUAGUAUAUCUUUUUUUAUAUUUGCAUUAUUAUUUUUAUUAUUUGACUUAGAGAUUUUAUUAAUAUAUCCUUAUGUUGUAAGUGCUUACACUAAUGGUAUAUACGGUUUAUUAAUAAUGUUAGUAUUUUUUGUAAUAUUAACUUUAGGAUUUGUAUUUGAAUUAGGAAAAAAUGCAUUAAAAAUUGAAAGUAGACAAAUAUUUAAUUUUAACGUAAAAACGUGA